GAACGUAACGACGUGAACAAGGUUACCAUUCAAUUGAAUGUAACAGCUAGCGUGAUGCUAAGCUAGCUGACAGCUAGGGGCAUCUACGGGUUUUGCUUGCAAGUUACCCACGGCUAUCACCGAAUGCUAUUAGUCUUCUCCUCCCUGCCGUCUUGACAUCUCCCUCGGUAAUACUGGACGAAUUCGUGUCGACUGCCCAGAGUCCGCGAAUUCAAGUCCAUUCAUUAAACAAUCUUACCUAGCUUAAGCAAUUUAGCUGGCUUGUACAACUGAGGAGGACCAAACGAGCAAGUCCCCAUCUCUUUCUAGACUUCCACUUCUAGACCGCACCCAGACGAGAUGUCGCUACAUCAAUUCCUGUUGGAACCUAUCACCUGCCACGCGUGGAACCACGACAGGACACAACUCGCCAUCAGUCCGAACAACCAUGAAGUUCACAUCCAUAAGAAAAGUGGAAACCAAUGGGUGAAGACCCAUGAGCUGAAGGAGCACAAUGGACACAUAACAGGUAUUGACUGGGCCCCUAAGAGUGACCGCAUCGUAACGUGCGGGGCGGACCGUAAUGCCUACGUGUGGACCCAGAAGGAGGGUGUGUGGAAGCCCACCCUGGUCAUCCUCAGGAUCAACCGAGCUGCCACCUUUGUGAAGUGGUCUCCUCUGGAGAACAAAUUUGCAGUUGGCAGUGGUGCACGGCUCAUAUCUGUCUGCUACUUUGAGUCUGAGAACGACUGGUGGGUGAGCAAGCACAUCAAGAAGCCCAUCCGCUCCACCAUCCUCAGCCUGGACUGGCAUCCAAACAACGUCCUGCUGGCUGCAGGCUCCUGUGACUUCAAAUGCAGGGUGUUCUCGGCCUACAUUAAGGAGGUGGAGGAGAAGCCAGGCCCAACCCCCUGGGGCAACAAGAUGCCAUUCGGGGCUGUACUUGGAGAAUUUGGAGGACCAGGUGGAGGUGGUUGGGUCCACUCUGUGUCUUUCUCUGCCUCCGGUAAUCGCCUGGCCUGGGUCAGCCAUGACAGCACGGUCACUGUGGUGGACAGCGCCAAGAUUGCAAGUCCUUCUCAGCUGAAGACGGAGUAUCUCCCCCUGCUCAGCGUCAUCUUCGUCACGGAGAACAGCGUGGUGGCGGCGGGCCACGACUGCUGCCCCAUGCUGUUCCGUUGCGACGAUGCCGGCACGCUGACCUUCGUGUCCAAGCUGGACCUGCCCAAGCAGAGCAUCGCGAGGAACAUCUCGGCCAUGGAGCGCUUCAGGAACAUGGACAAGAGAGCCACCACGGAGGACCGAAACACUGCCCUGGACACACUGCACCAGAACAGCAUCACCCAAGUGUCUAUCUAUGAAGGAGACAAGCGGGACUGUCGCAAGUUCUGCACUACUGGCAUUGAUGGAGCGAUGACCAUUUGGGACUUCAAGAGUCUAGAAGCAUCUAUCCAGGGACUCCGCAUCAUGUGAACGAAUCCACUAGUGCUGCCGGCUAACAUUCCCCUCACCCCCCCCGCCCCCCCUGUUCGUCUCACCGCCGUGUCCCAUGAUGCAUCUGGGAUACAACACACAUACACACGACUGUUCACCACCAUGAGUGUCUGCUGAAGCACUGACAAGACCACGCCCCGCCCGACACAUGCACAUCUCUCGAGGCCAUGUGCCAUGUGACAUCACUGUUUGAUUGUCUUUUGUUUGUUUUAAAUGAAGGCUAACCAGAGGUCAAAAUGGGAAAGGGCCUCUGUAAUUGAAGUAAAAAUGUUUUUAUGUUCUCUAACCUCCUGUACCAAAAGUUUGAACACUAGAUGCAUUUUUUUUAAAACCAAAAUCAGACCGUAUUGGACCCCCGUCUUACCCGUUUUGAGAUUGAAGCUCUGAAUACCGGCUAUAUGUAGAAGUGACGCUUGAUCUAUUGACGGUCUGAAGGUGCUUAAUAUUUCCCUUGAAGGAACACCAUUGUUUGGUGGGGUUAUGUGAUAUUGAUAUUCUGAGGUCAUGUUGUGGGGAGAGACCGAGGAGCGACCAUACAGUACUGAUUGUGGAAGGAGAAUGCAUCGGUCCAAACCCCGUGUGGAGUCACGGCACUAGCCUCUGUAGCUACUGCACUAAACCAAUGUCAAAUGGAGGGUUUGUAUGUAACAGAUUAUGAGCUAGAUGUGAAAUAAAGACUAAAAUACAUUUACAGUACAAAA